AUGCCUGGCGAAUGGAUGAAAAUGAAUCGACGGCGAAUGUCCGUACACGAUGAUGUCGUUCUACCCCAUCAAGCAAAGCGGCGCAAAACGGCGCCUCGAAAUUUCGAUGAUGGUUCCCUGCGUGACCGUUAUACUGUCGCCUGGAUAUGCGCGCUUCAUAUCGAGAUGGCCGCAUCGCGUGCGAUGCUCGAUGAGGAACACGAUGGCCUCCCCCAACAGGCUAAUGACAGCAACUCAUACAUCCUGGGAACUAUCCAGAAACACAAUGUCGUCAUAGCCUGCUUGCCAGAAUAUGGAACAAAUAAUGCAGCUAUUGUUUUAAGUAACAUGAAGGCGACUUUCCCCAACAUUCGUAUGGGUUUGAUGGUUGGCAUUGGUGGUGGAGUCCCGACGAAGGCUGACAUACAGCUUGGGGAUAUCGUUGUUGGAGUCAGAGUUAUGCAGUACGAUCUUGGAAAGGUAGUCAAUGGGAGGCUUCAACGGACAGCUGUUCCCAAGAUACCGGCCUCUUCCAUUCGGGCAUCUAUCUCGAACCUACGAUCACGACAUGAGCUGAGUUGUAGCCGAGUUCCGUUGAUCUUGAGGGACAAGAUGAGCAAAUAUCCUGCGUAUCACCGACCCCGCGAACCGGACCGCCUCUUUCGAUCGUCAUACAACCAUGAGUCUUCAAUCUCUACUUGUGAUGAAUGUGAUCAGUCUAAACUCGAAGCAAGAAUUAUGCGAGCCUCCACUGACCCUGUCAUCCAUUACGGGGGUAUCGCGUCGGGAAAUCAGGUCAUGAAAGACGCUGCCAGCCGCGAUGACAUCGCCCGAGAACUUGAUGUCAUGUGCUUCGAGAUGGAGGCUGCUGGACUAAUGGAUAUCAUGCCUUGUCUGCCUAUCCGCGGCAUUUGUGACUACUCGGAUUCCCACAAGGCUAAAGAAUGGCAACGGUAUGCAGCUGCGACCGCCGCAGCCUACGCAUAUGAGUUUCUGGAAAUUUGGGGGGAAGAUGCACAGGAGACAGAGAUUAAUCAUCUUAUUGCGAACAAGAAGGAGUCUGAUGCAGCUAAACGCCGCAAAAGUAUUAUGCAGUCCAUGGAUUUCGAGGAGAUCGACGCUCGAAAGAUGACCAUAAAAGCCGCUCACUAUAAAACAUGCCGUUGGUUUCUCCAACAUCCUGACUACCUUGCGUGGACCAGUCCGGAUAGAGUAUCACAGCAUCGCGGCUUUCUCUGGAUAAGAGGAAAGCCUGGUGCCGGAAAGUCUACAAUUAUGAAGUUCAUCUACUCAGAGGCAAAACAAACGGACCGCUAUGGACAGAGUUUAACGGCAUCAUUCUUUUUCAACGCUCGUGGAGAACCACUAGAGAAGACUGUGUCUGGGAUGUAUCGGUCUUUACUUCUGCAACUUUUUCACGGAUUUCGCGAUCUUGAAUUCGUCCUGGAUGACCCUGAACUGAUCCCACAAAAACAAGAAACAUGUCCGUCGCUCAACGUGCUGAAGGAUCUUCUUCGUAGCGCAUUCUCUAAACUUGGCCAAAGAUCCUUCACCUGUUUUAUUGAUGCUCUCGAUGAGUGCGACGAGCAGCAAGUAAUGGAUCUUGUUGAGUAUUUUGAAGACCUAGCUGAACAAAGCUUGGGUCCUCGGAUCUGCUUGUCCAGUCGGCAUUAUCCUUACAUCGACAUAAGACUGGGUAUCCGGCUCACUCUUGAGGAGCAGAUUGGUCAUGCUAGUGACCUGGAGAGUUAUAUAAAUACUCAUCUUCGAAUCAAAGAUAAUCCGCUUCUCACUGAGCUCCGAGAAAAAAUGCUCGAGAAAGCAGCGGGAGUCUUCCUAUGGAUUGUCCUAGUUGUCGACGUGUUAAAUGAUGAGAAUCGCCGUGGUCGUCUGUCUCUCAAGAAGAGACUUGAACAAAUCCCUAGUGGCUUGAGCAAGUUAUUUAAGGAACUCUUGGGACGAAACAAAACCAACAUGGAAGAACUUCAGCUAUCCCUUCUCUGGAUUCUUCUCAGUAAAGAGCCGCUGAGUCCAGAAGAAUAUUAUCAUGGUCUUUGGUCAGGGUUGUCAUUGGAAGGACUAGCAGAUCUUGAGAUUCCAGAUGUCACCACAACGAAUGCCAGUGACUGCUUCGAUCGAUGUGUGAUUAGUUCCUCCAAAGGCUUAGCUGAGAUCACAAAAGCUUCGCCUCCAACAGUCCAAUUCAUGCAUGAAUCAGUUCGUGAUUUUCUCGUCAAGGACAAGGGCCUCGUUGAAUUAUGGCCAGAACUUGGACCAGACUGGGAGAGUCUGGGUCAUGAUCGACUGAGAUCAUGUUGCAACUCCUUUAUUCGACUUAUUAUCCCGGAAUACACCACUUUUUACGAGGAGAAUAUGUGUGUUCCCGGGUACUUUGUCAAGAAAUACCCAUUUCUCCGGUACGCUAGUCGGUUUGUUCUUCAUCACGCUGAUUCUGCCGCGAACACUGUUUGCCAGCAACGAUUUUUGGAUGAAUUCCCAACUGGUAUCUGGGUCAGCAUUGUCAGUGUGUUCGAGCAAUCCAACAUUCAAAAAUAUCGUGCAGGAGUCGAAUUAAUUUACGUACUGGCAGAAAGCGGCCACUCUUCGCUUAUACGAACAAGACUCAAAACCGAUUCUCGCAUCGACUGUAUUUCAGAGGGAGAAGUAUACAGAUACCCUCUCAUAGCUGCCAUGGCGAAAGGGAACAAAGACAGCGUCAUCGCACUUCUGGGGCUAUCGUAUAGGGUUCGUGAUGGCGUCGAUAUCACACAAGGUUUGACGUUCAAGCUGUAUCCUGAGGUUGAAACCCACACACCACUUUCUUGGGCUUGCGCCCAAAGUCAUCUUGGCAUCGCCAAGGCUAUUGUUGAGGGAGGCGCCUGCAAAGAUGAGACGAAUGCACAAGGGUGGACGCUGCUCAUGAACGCCUGCCGAAAAGGCCAUGCCGAAAUAGCGAGAUGGUUAGUUGACGAAGGAGCAGAUAUUCAUGUAACCGCAAAAAGAGAAACUGCCAUCUCUCUAGCUUCAGAAAACGGUCACGUGGAAAUAGUUGACCUACUCCUCAAGGCGGGCGCGCACUCCGAUGCUUGCGGCCUUGAAGGUCUACCGAUACUUUGCCUAGCUGUAGAUCACGGUCAUCUCGAUGUGGUGAGGCUUCUUUUGGACAAAGGAGCAGACGUCGACUGUCAGGAUCAUGACGGCUGGCGACCACUUCAUUUUGCUGCACAAAGAGAGCACAGUGAGGCGUUGAUGGAAGAGCUUCUCAAUCACGGAGCAGAUAUCCAUGCAGUGGAUCAGUAUGACGAAACAUGUCUCUUCAAAGCUACGACAUACGCCAACAUUGAGACAAUGAUUUUCCUGGUCAGGCAUGGAGCGGAUGUCUGUGCCCGAAACCAUGAAGGUAACAGCUGCCUACAAGAGAGUAUAAACAACUGGCGUUCCUCUUUGGACUUCAUUCAAGCUCUUCUCGAAAAUGGAGCAGAUGUCAAUAAUCGCAACAUCAAAGGCAAAACCUGUCUUCAUAUGUUCCCAUUUUGGUCAUCUCUGAACAACGAAGAUUUCAUUGAGCUACUGAUCAAUCAUGGAGCCGACGUUAACGCUCGUGACAAUGACGGCAAUGCUCCUUUGCACUGUAUGAUGCGUCAUCAUGAGGACGCUCCGUCAUUCGUGUUUUGGUUGGCUGGUAAAAACGGAACAGAUCUCGACAGGCGCAAUAACGAAGGAAAGACACCGUUACAUGUCGCAGCAGAACUUAAUAUAUGCGACGUCUCUGAUGUUCUGAUCCAACAUGGAGCCGAUACCAGCUGUCGCGACAGUCAAGGAAGAACGCCGCUCGAUCUAGCAUUGUUGAACGGCAACGAAAGGGUUUCAAAGCUUCUGAUGGAGAGUGGGGCGGAUAGGGGUACCACAUAG